CUUUCUCAUUUUUCUGCUGUCAAAGUGCAGCCGUUGUCAACAAAGAGUAUCUGCUAGAAUAGUUGGUUCACGCUCGAUUUCUUCACCCGGAAUGAAAGAGGUAAUAGUUCAUCCAACGCCAGACAUCUGGACUGAGAUACAUGAGACGCCGGUACCUACUCCGGGUCCCAAUGAGAUUGUUAUUCGAGUUAUUGUUGCAGGAUCUAAUGUCAAAGAUUGGCUGCACUUGACAGCACUUAAUGUCUCUUUGAACAGCGGCGAUGAUGUUGCUGGAAUCGUCCACUCUUUGGGUUCUGAUGUCAGCAAAACCAGUGAAUUCAGAACAGGAGAUCGAGUAGCAGCCUUUCAUCCCAUGAUGACCCCGCAUGGUGCAUUUGCCGAAUAUGCUGUAGCACCUCAGCACACAGUGUUUAAGAUACCUGCUGGGACAAGUUUUGAAGAAGCGGCAACCAUUCCUCUAGUUAUCACGACUGCCGGUAUUACUCUGUUUCGUCGGCAAAACCUUCCACCGCCAUGGUCACCGCGCACCCCAUCGAGUAGUCCUAUUCCAUUGAUUAUCUAUGGAGCUUCGGGAGCGCUGGGGACCUUUGCUGUCAAGCUUGCUCGUGCUUCAAAUAUUCAUCCAAUCAUCGCCAUUGCAGGUGCAAAUUCCACUCAUGUUUCACCACUUCUCGACGAAGCAAAUGGUGAUACUAUGAUCGAUUACCGCGUAGGUCCUGAGGAGUUAAAGAAAACUGUUAAGGAAAAGCUCUCUCGGGCCGGUUUGGAAUGUCAUCAUGCUUUUGAUGCUAUUUCCAGUAAAAGCGGAACCUGGAUCCCCCUUUCUCAGAUGUUAACAGCAGCGACCCCCGGCAACAGAUCGUAUCUAUCAGUUGUGUCUGGUGCCAACAAGUACGACGAGGCCGAAAUACAACAUGGUAUAGAGAUAGUCUAUACCUAUGUUGGGACAGCACAUUCAGGAAGCUAUCGAACUGGAAUGGUGAAGCAACCUCAGGAUCAGGAACUUGUGAGAAGUGAUCCCGAAUGGACUUAUGUGUUCUUCAGAUAUAUUGCAAAAAUGCUAGCAGAAGGAACCUUAACUGGACACCCUUUUGUGGUGGUGGAUGGUGGUCUCCAGGGUGUCGAGGAGGGCCUGAGGAGACUAAAGGCCGGGGAGGCAAGAGGACGCAAGUUCGUAUACAGGGUGUCUAGCGAGGACUGACAUCCCUUAAGUCGGCAUUGCAAUCAAACAUGGUCUAUAUACCUAAGUUGAUCUGUUAUAGUGAUUCUCUAUUUGCUUUUCAGCCAACAUACCAGAUGGAAGGUAUCCUACAGUAGAAAUGUUUGCUGUACUCUCCGGUUACAUAAUAGCUAUGAAUAAGAACUGUAGCCAUGGAAGAGGAAUAGCAAGUCUUACAGAGAUUAUUUUGCCUUG